UGUUUCGAAAUCCUUUGUGUCAACCAAAUCAAGAAUGGGCCUUUCAGUUCAAGAUAGUACUUUCUCAAUCAUCCAAGAGAUUGCAAAUUCGACCGACUUAAAAUAUACAACUACAAUACCAUCAUUCUUCCAUUUAUGUAAUGAUAGCUAUUUGACACCAUCCGCCUAUCAAGAAUUAGAAAGACUGAGCGAAGAUCGUGCCAUGAUUUAUAUGCCUGUCAUAAUAUUUCUGAUUGUAGUGAUGCUCUUUGGAAUCUUCGGUAACUUACUUGUGCUUUAUAUAUAUUGCUUUGGUUUCAAACGAAAACCCGCCAACAAUUUCAUCAUCACGAUGGCGCUGUUUGACUUCUUGGCUUCCAGUAUAGCUAUUCCUCUUGAUAUCUACGACAUGCGUUACCAUUACACUUUUUAUAAUCCUAUAGCAUGUAAAGUUUUCCGAUAUUCUGAAUCAGCAUUCACCGAUGCUUCAUCGUUUAUUUUGAUUCUUAUAGCCAUUGACAGAUAUCUUAAAAUAUGUAAGCCUCUUUUGCCUGAGUCGCCCUUACGAAGCAAACUAAUGUGUGCUGGAUCGACCUUGUUUGGUUUCAUCUUUGCUAUUCCAACAGCUGUGUUGUUUGGAAUCAAUCGGAAACCCUUGUAUCAGAGAAAUGUCUGUGGAUUCGAUUGUACCAUUUCGAAUGAAUUCAUGAACACAAAGUUUAUUAAAAUACAUUACGCUUUAUUGCUCAGUACAUUCUGGGUUACAUUAUUCCUGCUUGUUGGAUUCUACAUACGUAUCUGGAUUGCAAUAAAAAACAGAAAUAAGAAUAUCAUUGGCGACCAGCCUUCUGUUAGCCAUUCCUCAGUCAAAAGCGGCAUUUCAAAGGAGCCCCAACUGAAAAGAAAUGGAAGUCAAUCUUGCUUAGAUGUCCGGGACUCAGUCAUUUCAAAAGGCGAAAACAAACAAUUUCUAAAUAAGCAGCUAUCUUGUGCAUCAGGAAAAUCUCUUAUGUCUAGGGUGAGUUCUAGCGUCACAAAGAUGACCGGAAACGUUCGCUGCACACGGUCCACAAAAAUCUUUAUUGCUGUAUCGAUUGCAUUUAUUCUCUCAUUUCUACCCAGUAUCACCGUUAAUCUUCUCCAGGGUUUCGUCAGAAGCAUCAGAACGAUCAACUCAAAAGAAUUCAAGGUCAUCAUGAAACUCCUGGCCCGGGUCCAUUUUCUCAAUCAUGCCAUAAACCCACUGAUAUAUAGCUUUCUGAACAUUAAUUUUAGAAGAGAGUGCAUAAAAGUUUACAAGCGUCUGAUUUCAAACUGCGUCAAGAUGUCGUUAAAAAAUAAGGGUUGUGUUUCUUCUGGAGAUGGUUCAAGAAAGAAACAAACAAGCUACAGCCACGUGAAAACAAAUGGAGAAUGAAAUAUUCAAAUAAAUACAAGUCGAAAACUGGAAAAAAAAAUACCCAUUUU